AUGACCACAGGUUAUCAAGAUGAUGGAAACCGUUAUGUCUGUUCUUUGGCUUUGGAUUCUACAGUUGAGGAGGAGUUGGUCGAAAGCCUGGAGGAGAUCUCCAUCUUGACGAUGGGUGAAACACCUCGAGCAAGAGCAAGCGAGGAAAACCCCACAGUACUUGCAGCAAGAACAAGCGAGGAAGUAUCCACAGCAUCUGCAGCAUCUGCGGCAUCUGCGGCAGCAGCAGCAAGUGAGGAAGCCAUCCACUCCUUUAGUUGCAACCUCUGCGCCAUUAAACAACCAGGUCUAGACCACUAUUUCUGUAGCUGCGGACGCUAUAGCCAAGGGAAACGCGGUGAAUCCUCUUAUCGAAAACAGGUCCGUCGCUCUGAGGGUAAAAGGACCUACCAAGUUUGUGUGCAUGACCAAGAGCGGAUGCAAAAGAUUCCGUCUUAUCGUAUUGCUUUCCGAAGGGGAGGACGGUAUCCCCCGAAUGACCUUCUUACGACCUCUUUAAUGGCCUUCUAA